AUGUCCCCCAUCUCUGCUCUCCCAGAUGUAUAUUACGCCAUCUUUGGCAUAUACGAGCCAUUUCUGACGACCAUGGGGUUCAUUGGCACGCUUUUUGACCCCAAGACCACUCAUGACGCACAGGCACCCUGGGGCGAAGGAGGACCUCCAUCAGGCCCACUUCCUCGCGCAACAUUCGUUACGGUAGCGCAGUUGGCCAACGUCUGUGGCUUGAUCGGUGUCAUAAACAUUUUCGUUUUGACCACUGCUCGGCGACAUCUCUCCUCGAACCCAGCACUACAGGAGAAGAUAGUCGGCUCCCUGCUCAUACCACUCCUUAUCGGCGAUAUCUUGCAUGCCUAUGUCACCCUGUGGGCUUUGGGCGAUCAGAAAUGGGAGCCUUGGAACUGGAGCCCCAUGCUCUGGACAACACUGUUGCUCGGGUUCACCUUGAUGAUCCCGAGGAUUUGCUGGAACUUUGGAAUCGGCCGCUACGUAGACUCCCGCGAUUCUCCCGCACUGCGGAAGAGCUAG